CCAGUUGGCCUGGCAGUUAAUGACCAGCGAGAUACGGAGAAUCAGCAGCACGCGAGCGUCCAGCAACAAACGUCCGAGCACAAGCCUGUCAGUGCUUUUUUUUUUUUGGAGAGGAUCUGUGCGCUUUUAACGGAUCUACCAAAAUACUACAAGAGGGACAAGAGCAAGUUAUUCCCAGUGCGCACCUUCAUGUGUGAGAACUCUAUGUAGUGAGGUUUCGGGAAUGAUGAACCUGUUUGAUAUUCUGUCUCCAUGCCAACUGGUGCCUCAGGUAGAGACACACCUGAAUCCUCCUGUGAGAAGGUGACCUCUCUUAACCAAGCCAAACUCCAAAGGAAUAUGCCCGGACUGCACAAUGGAUUUCAACAGCACCGAGUUGGGCCUAUACACACCGAUCCUGAAACAAGCAAUCUACCCGGCAUCAUCUCCGUGGUCAAAUCUCCAAAACGCGAGUCUUAUCAACCUCAGUGCUGUUGACAAGCUUAAUGGGAGUUAUACUGGGGUCGAAGGUCAAUCAUAUGAUCCACUGGGUGGUCACUCGCUAUGGCAGGUUAUCAUCAUUGUCGUGUUUACAGGACUUCUUUCUCUCAUUACUAUCAUUGGGAACAUAUUGGUCAUGGUGUCAUUUAAGGUCAACCGCCAGUUGAAAACAGUCAACAACUACUUUCUUUUGAGUUUGGCUGUUGCGGAUCUUAUCAUUGGGGUCAUUUCGAUGAACCUGUACACCACCUAUAUCGUCACGGGCCAUUGGACAAUGGGAAACUGGGCGUGUGAUUUCUGGUUAGCUAUAGACUACGUGGCCAGCAACGCAUCUGUUAUGAAUCUUCUCGUUAUUAGCUUUGACCGCUAUUUCUCCAUCACACGACCGCUGACGUACCGCGCCAAACGUACAACCAAACGAGCAGUGAUGAUGAUCGGCCUGGCAUGGUUUGUGUCGAUCGUACUUUGGGCGCCGGCCAUUUUAUUCUGGCAGUACUUCGUAGGCGAAAGGACCGUUCCACCAGAUAAAUGCUACAUUCAGUUUCUCUCCGAGCCAAUUAUUACGUUUUGCACCGCUAUGGCCGCUUUCUACCUGCCCGUGACGAUAAUGAGCGUCCUGUACUGGCGAAUAUACAAAGAGACCGAGAACCGCUCAAAGGAGCUUGCGGGAUUACAAGGCUCCAUCAGCCGGUUUGGCGCAGCAGAGCGACCGCACUUCCAUCUCCACCCAGCUGGGAGGAGCUCACGAAGGUGCAGCAGCUUUGAAUUGGGCCAACCUGGCCACAGGCACGGACUAAGCGGGCGACUUCACGGCUGGGGUUGGAAGUUUAGCGGCAGAGAUCGAUGUGGGCCACAACGGGAAGCGGAUCAGAGCAGCAGUGACAGCUGGAACAACAACGAAGUUGGUCUUUCGGUAGAUCACUCAGGCUCGUCUGAUGAAGACGAGAGCGCACCGUCCACCAAGCGGGCGAUUUUCUCCCUCGUCCUCAACCUGCCCGGCAUAAGUGCGGCUGUGAACCCUCAAGUCACUUCCUGUGAGGAUUUGGACGCGGCCUCAGAAGAAGAUCCAUUACGGUCCCCCAUAGAGAACGAUGGCAUUUCGCGUUCCGUUACCAACGGCAGCAAACGUUUCGUCGGGACCAUCAGCAAAGUUCAAUCUAUGUCUACCAUACAGCCGUCAACGACUAGAAUGGAUACGGGCGCAGAUGGUACAAACGCCAACAAAUCUCCACCAGCACCCAUAUCUUUCAAAGAGGCAGCCUUGGCGAAGCGCUUCGCGGUCCGUGCAAGGACGCAAAUGACCAAGCGGAAGCGCAUGUCGCUUAUUAAAGAAAAGAAAGCAGCACAAACUCUAAGUGCGAUUCUCUUUGCUUUCAUUAUAACAUGGACACCGUAUAACAUUAUGGUGCUGGUGAACACUUUCUGCAAUGGCUGCAUACCCGAGAACCUUUGGGCGUUGGGCUAUUGGCUGUGUUACGUUAACAGUACAGUAAAUCCUAUGUGCUAUGCUCUUUGCAACAAGACUUUUCGCAACACUUUUAAGAUGAUUUUGCUGUGCCGCUGGGAUCAGCAACAAAGCAGACCGAGUUUUCAUCAAAGGCCGGCUGUGAGAUUUCACAGGAACAUACCAACAGAUUCCACAUAGCAAAAGGAUCCUGCAUAUGAUAAAGCUACGUAUGGUCAGUAGCUACGAGGUGGCUUCCAAAUGUUUUUGAAUUGAUGUAUAAGUCUCAUGUGGAUGUUUAGUCUCUUAUGAUCGUAGUCCAAUAGAUUGAAACAUUUAUGUAAAGGCACUGUGGUAACAAUGAAGUAACAAUAAACUGAGCAAGUGCAAUUGUCAACAGUACUUCCUGUGGACUUUUAUAAGACUUUUGCUAAUCUGCAGUGCCAACGUUCAAGAUUUGGUAUCAACAACACAAAAUGUGAAACAGAAAUUGAGACUGUAUAUCUUAAACCACAAAGUGUUGAAAUACAAUAUUCUCCAUUUGGAAACUUUGGGGUUGGGUAUUACAUUAUGCUUGUUGAUGAAUAUGAUUUUUAAACACAACAGUGUAUAUUAUUAAGUAUUCACGUUAAGUAAUAAUAAGAUAUGUAUUUUGCAAGUGAAAUGUGCUGAUUUCUGUGAAACCGUGAGAGCACAGGGGUUAAGUAUGUUUGCUGGAGUAAGUGUUAAUGUUCUGCAACAUGUGAGCCACGGUUUAUCAGUUUGUAGAAAGGCUUUUUUGGUUAUUCAUAAACAGCACUUCCUUAUGCUGCUCUUGUAUAAAAUGUGGUUGUUUACAUUGUUUUGAUACUAGUAUUGCAUAAUAAGUAGGCCUACAGUGCACAUUGAAUACGUUUGUAUUGUUUGGACUUUGGAUUUGGGCACUGAUGACAGUGGGCUAGCUGUGAAAUUUUCAAGAACCUUUUGUUUUUGUAACUGACAUUAAAGGGAUACUUCACUCUAAAAUUAAAACUUUAUAAUUGUUUGUCGCUUGAACCCCCAAUGUUCUCAGAACCCAAAUGCAGAUUUCUCAAAAGAAGUGUUGGCCACCAUCCACUCCCAUAAUAACCAGAAAAUCCAUCAAGAUUUAAAAUUGACCCAGACGUGUUAAAGGCGGGGUGCAUGAUCUCUGAAAGCCAAUGUUGACAUUUGAAAUCACUUAAGCAAACACGCCCCUACCCCAAUAGAAUCUGGACCAUCAUUUGAUAGACCCGCCCACACAUACGCAACCCAGGAAACGAUGUCGGUUAGUAGACACGCCCCUUACUGCUGAUUGGCUACAAGUGUGUUUUGCUAAUCGGCCCGACUCCCUUUUCCAAAGUGUUUUUCAAAAAUCAUGCACCCCGCCUUUAAGAGUUUAUAACUCCACUCACCUUAUGUCAUUUAUUUUGAGACAUUUACUCCUUUACUUUCUUGUUGUGGAUAUCGCUGUUGUUUCAGUUGUUACACAUGAUUUAAAACUACUGUAAAUAUCUUCAUGCCCAAACAACAGUUCAGACACAGAUUCACACCUGUAGGUAAAUAAGGUUGUCAAUCCCAAAAUUUUGCCAAAUGAAAAAAAAUCUGCAUUUAGGUUCUGAAAAACAGAGACAGACAUUGGCGGUUCAAACGACAUGUAAAUAAUGACAAAAUUCAAAUUUUUGGGUGGACUAUCUCUUUAAGGCUAAUUCACACCAGUCCAUGAAUGUCUGAAUUAGCCUUUUGUGUGAUGAGGUAUAUUUCCAUUUACAUUGCUUAACUAAAUCUAAACUUAUUUUAGAUACGUUUGUACAGUAAAUUAAUUUACCAAACUGUAUGGUUAAUCAUCUUUAUUGUCAGUGCCAUGCUUUAACAUCAGAUGUGGACAGUAUAUACAGUGGGGUCCAAAAAUUUAAGACUUGUGACAGUGCUUAUAUUUUGCUUUUUUAUUUAAUUCGUUUUUUAUUACAGAGUAAUGUAUAUUAUCUAUAUUAUAAUUUGAGUAAAGCGUUUACUCAAAACCAAGUGUAAGUUGAAUCGAAGGAUUUCUUAGUAUUAAGUAUGCCCCCUUUUGCUUUACUGACAGCAUGAACCCGAGCUGGAAUAGACUAAAUCUGUUGAGCCGUGAUAUUUCGCAUGAUUUGAGAAUGUGUCAAAUUAACAUCUUUUGUGCUUCAGUGGAAGUAAGGACAAACUGAAGCUUUUGGACCUAUAAUAACCUAAGUCCAGUUAGUUACCUGGCUGCAGAUUAGCUUAAAGGAAAACACCACCGUUUUCAAUAUUUUACUAUGUUCUUACUUCAAAUUAGACAAAUUAAUACAUACCUAUCUUUUUUCAAUGCGUGCACUUAAUCUUUGUACAGCGUGUCAGGAAUGUGUUAGCAUUUAGCCUAUCCCCAUUCAUUCCUUAGGAUCCAAACAGGGAUGGAUUUAGAAGCCACCAAACACUUCCAUGUUUUCCCUUUUUAAAGACAUGAGUAGUUAGUACACGAGUAAGUAUGGUGGCACAAAACAAAACGUAACGAUUUUUUAAGCGAAUAAAAAUGAAUGAGGAAUGAAUGGGGCUAGGCUAAAUGCUAGCACAUUCACGACAUACUUUACAAAUAUUAAGUGCGUGCAUUGAAAAAAGAUAGGUAUGUAUUAAUUAGUCUAAGUUGAGGUAAGAAUAUAGUAAAAUAUUGAAAAGCUGUGGUGUUUUCCUUCAAAUAUUGCAGUCUGUAACUUUUUUUGUUAAAGGAUAAUUCCGGUAUUUAACACAUUGAGUCUCAUUUCUGGUUUGUUUUGGAUGAACUACAGUGAUGGACACUGAAAUUUUGACAAUGGGUCGUGUCUUGACUUUUUGACUCGUUUAGAAGCGUCUCUUGACUGCUUCAGAAUGGAAGUCAAGGGCCAUGCAAAAACAUGUCAUUAAAACAACCCUUACCAUUCAUUUUCAAAACUGUGCUACUCACCGAGUGGUUCGUGGUGUUCGUUGAUGAUUAAAAACAAAUAUAUUGGCGCAAUGUAUGGUGUUAUUUGCUAUAGUGGAUCUAUUUUUUCAGAUACCUCACAACCGCGUAUAUACUUCCGCUCUAUAUUUGAGUCUUACAAAAUGCCAAAUAAAACACGACAGAAACUGUAUUUCGCUACACUACUUGUUUUUUAACCAGAAAUGAGACUCAAAGUGUUAAAUACCGGAAUUAUCCUUUAAAAAUUAGCAAAAUGAGUUAUUGGACAAUACAUAAUUCAUCUCCUUACCUCAAUUUGCAAAUGUUAGUUCAAAAAGUUAUUUAUUUGAGCUGUCAGGUACGAUUUCACAGAUAAUGUCAAUUUGACCUUACCCCUUAAAAGAAAAGUAGGCAUAUGUAAAGUUUUCUCACUGUAAAAAAUAAAAAGUUGGUUCAACUUAAUAAAGUAAAUUACCUGGUUGCCUUCAAUUUUUUUUUAUUUAAUUUAAAAAUAUUAGUUGAGACAACAUUUUUAACUAAUAUGUUUUAAGUUAAUUAACUUUAAAUAUAUAAACAUACAAUAUAUCAAACGAAAGAACAGACCCUUAGCUUAAAAAAAACUUUUCAUCCUACCUUCAUUUGUUCUCUUUUUAUCACCUCUCAAAUACGGGUAGGUUAUACCAAAUUUUGAGCAAAAAGCUGAGGUAAUUGCGUUUUGGUGAAGGACUAUUGAUAGAGAUCAGAUUCAAAGCGAUAAUCAAAACAUACAUGGAGUUUGAACUGUUUGACGUAAGGGGUUGCUUCUAGGUUUUAUAAGUUGGGUAACAGCGGCAUCUGGUGGAUAAUAGCAGAAAUAUGGAUUGCUGAAAAACUCGUCAUUGGCAGGGAAGCGUUUUCUCUUUAUUGACUAGUUAACUCGUCAAUGGCAGGGAAAGAGUUAAGUUGAACCAACAAAUCUUUUUACAGUGCUGCAAUUUUAUGUUUUAAACAGAGGGGGCGAUAUGUAAGCAAAGUUCCAGAUCACAGCUUUAAAGAAAACGCAUCAAAUAUAAAACCAUUAGUCGUAUCAUUCAUACGAUAUUUAAAAUGUUUGGAUGCGAUGAAUUUUUGUAUUGUAAUGGACCUGUGUGACCAAAGAGAGGUCAAAGCCAGGUAGCAUAGUAUGUCCCUACUGUAGUAGGUAGAUUAAUUCAUCUACCAUUUAGUUUAAUGCCAGUCCAGUGUUUUGAAUGAAAUGAUGAAAAUGCCUUGAUUGUAAUUUAUUCAUCAUCAGUUUUGGAACACUACUACGGUUUUGUUCUGAUCAAUUUUGAUAUGUUUUUCGUGUUUUACAGUACAUUGAAAAUUAAAUGGCUGUAUGUUUUGUAAAGCCCUGUAAGAUCAAAGUAAACAAUUGAGCUUCUGUGCGGUGCGAUGUUUGUGAUUGUGCUCCUGUUAUGUUUUAAAUUGGCAGUGUACAAGUCAAAGUUUAAUGAUGCAGUUUCUGUCAACUUUGUGGUAACUGUUAAAUGUUACAAAAAUACAGCCCAGUAAAAAAGCAUUUUUAUCCUCGAAUUGUUUCUCAAAAUAAAUUCAACAUUUUAAAA